AACUGGAUAUGAGCUAUUGCACUUAUUGGCUGGGGCAAGGCACCGGCUGUUCCCACUGUGAUUGGCUGCCUGGACGCCUCUGUGCAGCCUCCCAUUGGCUGCCUGGAGCAGAGUGGGAGGAGAGCUCCCCCCAUCCUCUCCCUGUGGCAGAGUGUGUAAAUGUAAAGACUCUUUCUCUGCCUAUUAUCUGAGUGACUCGGGGUUUUGGUGUCUGCCUCUGAGCGCGUGUCAGAGUGUGUGUGUGUGUGUGUGUGUGUUUGUUGGAGGGAGAAAAGAGAUAAAGAGAGAGAGAGAAAGGGAGGGAGAGGCAAGCAGCGUUUCUUCUCCCCCCUUUAGCCUCCCCGUCUCCCUGCUCCCUGUCACUCCAUCCUUCCUCCCCAUCUCCUGGACCACCCCUCCAGCCCUGCUUCGAGCCGGACCGAGACCCCCCCUCCCACCCAGACCACCCCGGGACCCUUUGACUCUCCUCACUUCUCCGUCCCACCAACCACAGCCUCUGAGCAGGGAUUCCUCUCCUGCCCUCUCCCCCCCCUCGGAGCGCUGUCUGUGAUCUCAUCUGCACAACAUCCACUGGACUUAAGUUCCACAGUUGAUUUGAUGUAAAUACGCUUCUGCUGUCGAGGCGCAGCAAAGUGUAUCGGCCAGGCGUCUGGUCCCCCCAUUCUGCUGGAAGGCUGCCAGCCACAGGUCACAUGACCUGGAAGAAAAAACCUAGGAGAGUUUUGGGAUCCCUCUUUGCAUGGGCUGGCUAUCAACCUGAAGGGAAGUCCAAAGGCUGAUGAACUGAUCUGUGUGAGACCACACUGCUCUGGUGUCCUAUAUGCCCUGGGAACACAACACCCAGCACAAAUCUGGUGACUGGCUGGCUGGAAUACCGCCCUACUCCUUCUCCUUCUGAGGACAUCCCAAUCCAGGACUGGUCUUACCCCCCCUCCCCCCAGCAUGGAGCCCACCAAAGUCCAAUCAGAGGGAGGCCUCAACGUCACCCUGACCAUCCGCCUCCUCAUGCAUGGAAAAGAGGUUGGAAGUAUAAUUGGAAAGAAAGGGGAAACAGUAAAAAAGAUGCGAGAAGAGAGCGGAGCGCGGAUCAAUAUUUCCGAGGGCAACUGUCCAGAGAGGAUUGUCACCAUCACUGGACCAACAGACACCAUCUUCAAGGCUUUUGCCAUGAUUGCCUACAAGUUUGAAGAGGACAUAAUCAAUUCCAUGAGCAACAGCCCAGCGACCAGCAAGCCCCCCGUCACCUUAAGGCUUGUAGUGCCAGCCAGCCAGUGUGGAUCCCUCAUAGGAAAAGGAGGCUCCAAAAUAAAAGAAAUGAGAGAGUCCACAGGGGCCCAGGUUCAGGUGGCCGGGGACAUGCUGCCCAACUCCACAGAACGUGCAGUGACAAUCUCCGGGACCCCAGAAGCCAUCAUCCAGUGUGUCAAACAAAUCUGUGUGGUAAUGCUGGAGUCCCCACCUAAAGGUGCCACCAUCCCUUAUCGCCCAAAGCCGGCCUCCACCCCAGUCAUUUUUUCUGGCGGCCAGGCCUACACAAUUCAGGGACAGUACGCCAUACCACACCCAGAUCAGUUGACCAAGCUCCACCAGUUGGCUAUGCAGCAAACCCCCUUUACCCCUCUCGGACAGACCACCCCUGCUUUCCCUGGUUUGGAUGCCAGUCCACCAGCCAGCACCCACGAACUCACCAUUCCUAAUGAUCUAAUAGGCUGCAUUAUUGGACGCCAGGGAACCAAAAUAAAUGAGAUUCGACAGAUGUCUGGGGCGCAGAUCAAAAUUGCAAACGCCAUGGAGGGCUCGUCUGAGCGCCAGAUCACCAUCACAGGGACCCCCGCUAACAUCAGCCUGGCCCAGUAUCUCAUCAAUGCAAGGCUGACGUCUGAAGUCACUGGAAUGGGCACACUCUAAUUUCUACCCAUCUUCCCUCAGUGCAUCACAUGACCCUUGAGCUUAUGGCAUUGCACCUAGUUUAUUUAUUUCUCUGUGUUUGACAGUCCUGAUAUUUAAGUGACUUUAACUUUUUAUCAUUUCUAGUAUUUACUGUAAACAUGUGUAUCUGCACUGUUAGGAUUCUCCACACCUAUCUGAAACCCUGCUGUCUCUGUUUCUGAAAGGUCUCUUUACUUUUUUGACACUCUAGUACCUUUCAUUGCAUUUCAUGCGCUGCACUGCUUUCUUUUACCUCACACAUCACUUUACUUUUUCUUCUGUUUUUUGGGGCUCUGCAGGCACCUGAACAUUUAUGCAAAGUAAAGAUUAGUGUAGUAAUUUAAACCGAGGUUGUCCCUCCUCUCCCCCCACAAUUUUAUACAAUGACACAUUUUCUCCUCCACGUUUAGACGACGGCAGAGAGUGCAUUACUCUCCACAAAUCUUCAAAACUCGAUUCUUUACUCCAGAUUAUUUCAUGCUGGUUUCAUGACUGAUGAAAUGAGUGUUUUCCUGUGUGCCUGUUUGUCUCAGUGCUGUACGUCCACUUUAAGAUUGAUCUGCAUGACGCACAAAAACCUACUGAAUUUCAAACUCAUUUUAAAAUGAAUCAUGUCGAGAUGGAGACUGGAUGGUGAGAGGGAACGGAGUAAGCUAUGAACAGUCUUAUUUAUGAUCUGGAUGUGUCACUCUGACUUCAGUUUGACAUUACCUCAGCGGUAUAGGCCAGUAAACAUCCGCUCUAAUGCAUAAAUAGCAGUCUCUCCGAGGUUCGUGUGAAACCGACGGAAAGGUUAGAUGGCAAAAUGAAAAGUCAAGUAAAUGACUGAAAUACAGAUGCAUGUUAUUAUAAUAAUACACCUCAUUUUAUUCACCUAUAUGUACAAAGUAUACGAGGCGUCCGUCUGGGAAUUGUCUAGUGUGUGUUUUUAGCUGGUUUUCAGUGUGUGUCAGAAAAGCUGACGAACUCCUGUGAAUGAAGACUCUCAUUCUUUUCCCCACAGACAGAAACACUGAAAAUGAUGUGUGUUUCUGGUCAGCAUGUACACACACAGAGGCAUGUAGAAGACAUAUUCUUUAACACCUACAAUGAAUCAGUCAUUGGUUUUGCAGGUGUGUUGUACAUAUACCUGUACUGUAUCUCCACAGUCCAGACACCCAACACCAGGCCCAGUCAUUGAAACUAAAGCUGAAUGUAUUUCAAUGUGUUUUAAUUGCUGACAUUUACACGUCAUUUUUAAAUGAGUACAGGAGAAGAUGCAGAGUGAACAGGUGGUUUUCAAUUUUAUAAAGUCCAACUGGAGUCUGUUACAGAUGACGUAUUUAAAACUAUAAUCCAUAGUUUAUUACACUACAUACAUGCGAUGUUAUGUAAUCUGAUUAUAUUCAAUGUUGAAUAUAAAACAUGAACUUUCUUGUUAUUUCUGCAAAGAUAUAAAUGGGUGCAGCUUGACAUUAAACACAACCCUCCAACAUGUGUUAUAUUAAUCUGAUGGCUGACUCGUUUUAAUCCACAUUACCAUAACACAUAUUUCCUGGAUACGCGUUGCUCCAAUACUAAUUAUUCAAAUAACGUUUGGGGAACAUUAUUUGUGUCGUAGGCUCAGGUACUUGGCUUUUGGUUAUGAAUGAUUAUACACAGGCUCUGGACUCUUUGCUUCAUGUCGUGUAUGUAAAUCUGUACUUUAUCACUCAUCUGGCUGCAUCCAGAUGUUCUUCAGAUGAACAAACUGAGGAACGGCUGAUUGAGGGCUUUUAAAACGUCGCUACAGAAUCUGAUCAGUAAAGUAGUUUUUAAUAUCUCCUGUCAAACGCACACUGAUGCCUGUGUCGACCAUGAUCCAGUCAUACUAUUUUACAAACUUUACAAACAUCUCAGUUUCUUUCUUUCUUUUUUUUUUGAUCGUCAUACAUCUUUUCAUUUUCAUGGCGUCGCUCAUGUUCUCAUCGACCUGCCGUGCUGUGUUAAGGCCAACACCGCUUUGUGUUGCUGUUGUCGUUUCAGUGAUACAUUAACACUUUUUUGUUACUGUGCUAGAGCAGCAAAAAAUUAAAGGUUAGCGCUGAGGUGAUAUUAAAGAAGUCAUGUUUAUGUUUGAUCAUUUGCUUCAUGAAGGUCUGUACUGGAUUUAUUAUUUACCGAGGUUGAUUCUGAAAUGUUUUGUAAAAACAAGAGAAUAAAGUUUGUGUUUUUUCCCUUGA